CAAGGCCUGCUUCGCUCAGGUAGCUGAUUCUUCCACUGAAUCUCCACAACCUACAUGAGGGACUUUACAUUUGAACCGCUGCUUUUAUCCUAAUACACGUAGCAAAGAGAUGGAAAUAAUUCCAGAUCAAGUGUCAGACAGCAAACAAAAUGAGCCAUGGCUGGCACUAUGCUUUCGAGAAACUUUGUUACCAGGAGGUCCAUGGCAUAAGGUGUUGGACAGAGUUGGAACUAGCUUUGCUGAAAAAGUGGAACCAUCACUUAAUGAUCCUAAGGAGAGGCAAAUGAUAUUUAAGCUCCUGGGAAAGGACUUUGUAGAAAAACAUUUUAGUAAAUACCCAAAUAAUCCUAGUCUGUUACAUCCUCCAAGCAUAAGUAAGAUUGAAUUUGAGAAACUGGAAAAAAACAAACAAAACUGUCUGUCGGAACUUUGGACAAAAACAGCAGAGCAAAUGGGAUGUUAUCCUUCAGGUGACCCUGCUAAACUCUCAGCAGAAAUGACACAUUUUGUCAAUCACACCUUUAAUCUAGUUGAAAAUAAGAUGGAUUUGAUCUUGGCAACUAGUAGCUUCAGCAAUUGCCAAAGUAAUGUUGCCAAAAUGAUGGACUAUUCUGGAAUGGAUAAUGAGCUACUAGCUUGGAGAUCAUUCUCAAGGAGACGGCCAAAAUCAGUGGAGAGUAAAGAUUUAUCUUUUGCAAUGGACAAGGCAGAGAGAUUCAAAUUAAACAAGUACAAAGGAAUUGCAGAAGUACAGCAAAAGACCCCACCACCUUUAAGCUGUGCAGGGAGUGAAGCACUGGGAAAUGCACUAUGUGACAUCAUUAAAUCAAACUCAAGUGCCAUUACAACAAUAUGUAAAAGACUCAAUGGACACCUACUUCCCAAAGCUCUACGACAGUUUAUAUGGCUGGAUAAACUUAUGAGAUCUGAAAAAAAAUUUAAAGGGGAAAAAAUUGAGUAA